GCCGUUACGAAUUCUACUGCACUACGCAACAAAUAAGCCAUUCACCGUCACCAUUGACGUUUGUAUUCCCGUGCCCGCUCACCCCCCUCUGGCACUCUUCUUCUCCUCUCUCUAAAUAUUCAUUCGAACUGUCUCAAACUGCCGAUCCUCAUUCUUUUCUUUAUUCGGAUGAAUUUAUCCAUCUCAUCCAAGUAUUGAUUUCGCAAGCUUGACAGAGAAGAAGUUUUUUGUUUCUGUGUAAUCAUCAUAACAGAGCAAGCCCAGACGCGUUUUCUCAUCUCCAAAAUCUCUUCAUGCGGCGGCAUAUAUGAUAUAUAUAUGUGCCCUCUAUUCAUCGGAAUCAUAAAUCCAUUACGCAAUUCGCAGAAUGAAGGAAAGCAAUUUCAGACCCAGAUGUUUCGUUCUCAUUCUCCUCCUUUCAGCACCUUUUAUUCUCCUCAUUUUCUCCCGCCGGACAUCCUUCUCCUCCCUCAUAUUUUCUGCCGCCGAUCGCCGAUCUACAUCCAGCGACGAGAUUCCGGGUCUCCGGAUCCGGCCAGGAUACUCGUCCUAUGACAAGUACAUCCAGCGUCAGCUCAACAAGACCCUCAAUCCGAAGCUCCGGAAGAUUUGGACGACUCGAGAUUGGGAGCGGAAGAUCGAAGUUUUCAGCGCGUUUUUCCGAGAUCUUAAAUCGGAGGGUUUCCUCUCCAAUUCUUCCAAGGCACUCUGCAUCGGUGCCCGGACGGGCCAGGAGGUGGAGGCUCUGAGACGGGUCGGAGUUUCCGACUCCAUCGGCCUUGAUCUCGUCCCGUCGCCGCCGCUGGUCGUCCGCGGCGACUUCCACCAGCAGCCGUUCGACGCCGGAACGUUCGACUUUGAAUUCUCAAACGUCUUCGACCACGCCCUCUACCCGGAGAAAUUCGUCGGCGAGAUCGAGCGGACGCUGAAGCCCGGCGGCGUUUGCGUGUUGCACUUGUCGGUUUCGCGGCGGGCCGACAAAUACUCGGCCAACGAUUUGUACAGCGUUGACCCGAUGAAGAAACUGUUCAAGCAAUCCGAGUUGGUUCACACCCGGACCAUAGACGGGUUCGGGUUGGAUACGGAAGUGGUUUUCAGGAAAAAGAAGAUCCAACGGUGACAAUCAUUUUUUUACCAUAGUAGUUUUAUUUUACUGUGAAGUAAAAUUUAUUCAUUUGUUUGUUUAUUGAUAUACUCCGUAUUAAAUGGAAAGUCAUUCUUCUGCGGGAAUGUGGUGUCUACUACUGGUGUCACCGAUUUGCUUUUAGUUGUACGUACCUUUUGACUUGUGCUUCCAUUGCUUUAAUGGCUGAUUGGUGGAACCAUAAUUUAUUUAUUGAAGGUUACUCCGUAAAAGUUAAUGGUCGGUCUCAUUUGCAUCAC